AUGGCCCUUCCCCCCAUAGCAAAAGCAACCCUCCAAUCCGCCCUCAUCAAUGCCGGCUCAAACGUCCUAGCUCAGGGAAUCAAAGCCUACAGAGCCGAGGUGCCCUUCACCCUAGACAUUCAGACAUUAUAUCAAUUCACCACGUGCGCGUUUAUCCUCUCGCCCGUGACAUUUCUAUGGCUGGAGGGUCUUGAGGCAUCGUUUCCGGGGGAGGAAACCGUCCCCAAGGGAAACGAAAAAGAAAAGAGACCAACAAAACUAAACAUCCCCAACACAAUUGCCAAAAUCCUAAUCGACCAGAUCCUCGGCGGUGCCCUAAACACAGCUCUCUACAUAGUCACCCUCGGCACGCUCCGCGGCCAAGACUACGAUGUUAUACAGACACAGCUCCAGAAUGACUUCUGGCCCAUCAUGAUCGCGGGGUUCAAGUUGUGGCCGCUAGUCUCGAUCCUGAACUUUACCGUUGUCCCCGCUGAUAAGCGGUUGUUGGUUGGGAGUUUGUUUGGGGUGAUUUGGGCGGUUUAUUUGAGUCUUUUGUCGGGGUGA